AUAUUCACAGAAAAGCUGCUACUACCAUAACGAUACAUAAUCACCAAUAUAGAAAACAAUGUCUUCUUCAGGGGUAAGCCUAGAAAAAUGUCGAAUUCCAAUAGAGGAGAUCAUUCGGGCCACAAAAAACUUCAGUUCAGAUUCAGAAACUCUGGUCGGAGAGGGUGGAUUUGGUAUGGUCUACAGAGGAGAACUCUCUAACGACUGGAAAAACCAGUUAGUAGCCAUCAAACGCCUUGAUCCUGAUAGCUGUCAAGGAACCAACGAGUUCCAUAAUGAACUUAAGUUGGUUUCAAGUUUCAACCAUCCAAACAUCAUCCCCUUCGUUGGCUACUGUGAUGAUGCAAAUGAGAAAAUUAUAGUUUGCAAGUAUGCUACUAACAGAAGCCUUGAUUAUCACCUCGGAAAGCCAGAUAGGAGGAGUUGCCUUCCAUGGGCACAACGCCUGAAGAUAUGCUUGGGUGCAGCAAGAGGAAUAAAGUACCUUCACUCGGGUGUUGGGGAGUACAGGAGAGUAAUUCAUAGAGAUAUGAAGAGUGCCAAUAUUUUGUUAGAUGAUAAUCUAGAAGCCAAAAUAUGUGAUUUUGGUUUGUCAAGAUUAGCUCCAAGAAAUCUUCCAGAUACCUAUGUACAUACAAGGGCUGCUGGUACAAGGUUUUACAUUGAUCCGGUUUACAACGAAAGAGAUAGGCUCACAAAAGAGUCUGACAUAUAUUCAUUUGGACUGGUAAUGUUCGAAAUGUCAAGUGGGAUGAUGGCUUAUCAUGUAAGGCGUUUUCCAGAUACUCAGGCACAAUCUAUGAUCGAUAUAGUCCGAAGCUAUUAUGAUGACGAGCAUCAACACGUUGAUAGACUUGACAAGUUAAUAGAUCCCACUAUCAAAGAUCAGAUUGAUAUGAGGUCUUUUCAUAAAUUUAACGAAAUUGCACAUGAGUGCAUUAACUUGGAGAUAAAGAAACGCCCUACGUUGGAUAUGAUCAUCAAGGGGGUCGAGGAAGCACUGAAUAUUCAAUUAUUCCCUACACGAAGCAUCCAAAUCGACGAGCAGGAGAGUGAGAAAAAGUUUUAUAUGUUGGGGGCCAACGACCUAACCAUUGAAUCGCAAGAUGACACUCGAUACUGGGAAUGGGGAUGUAUACCUGAAUCAAGGUUCCCGGAGGUGUGCAUACUUAAAGAAGUAUGGUGGCUUGAGAUCCAUGGCAAAGUAGCAGUUGUGAAGCUAUCACAAAAGGGUACAUAUGUCGCCUAUCUUGUCUUUCGAACUACUGAGGGUUGCAGUGGACUUACUCUUCCAGCAAAAUCAAGUGUCAGUUUUGGUGGGGUAAGAACAGAGACCGAAAAAGUUUAUCUUCAAAUACCACGGCGUGUGCAGCAAGACUAUGUGAUUCCUCAUAUGAGAAACGAUGGGUGGAUGGAGAUUAAGUUGGGAGAAUUCAAGUACAAGGAAGGAGACGAUGGGGAAGUUGAGAUGGUGUUUAAGGAGCUUUCGCUUCACAUGCGGAAGAGUGGUCUUAUCGUGGAGGGCAUGGAGAUUCGGCCUAAAUAAGUAAAUAACCAUUCUUGAUUUAUUGUAUUUAUUCAAAUUAUAGAUUAAUAUACUACGUAUACUUUGUUAUUCAAUAAUGAAAUGUAUUAGUAAUAAAAUAAAAUUAUUUAAUAUAUGUAUAUGAUUUCUAAUUUUAUAAGUUGCUGUAAAUUACUUCCA